UUGUCCAACUCUCAGUCUGUCUCCUUCCACUUGUUGUUUGUUGGCACUGUUAUGGAUUUCAAGACGGCUGUGACCAUCUCGGCUCUUUUGCUCAUUACUGCUGAAGCCACGGAACAUGAGCCAGACUCCACUUCCCUCCCCAGAGGGAACUUCAGUGACGAAGUCAACCAGUCCAGUCCAGCUGCUCCAUCGACCACUGCUGCCCCCAGCAACCCCAGCAGAGUUACACCUUUCCUCGGUUUCCUCACUGUGAAUUGGACAAAUAAAUGUGCCGGACACCUGUUCCUCCACAAUCUCUUCACUCCCUCCACUCUUUCCACUCCUUCCACUCGUUCCACCUCCCAUCGUGUCUGUCAUGACAGUGAAGCAACCGUCAGGGAACUUUUGACAACAGUGUGUGAGAACAAGAAAGGUUGCACAGACAAACUGCAAUUGGUGAAAGGCGGAGAUGUUAUGGAGGGUUAUAACAUCUCAGUGCGUGGAGUACAGUUGAUGACAAGCUGUGAGACACUGACUAUCAAUUGCAAAGUGUAUCCAGCUGAGGACAAACCAGAUGUUAAGGGGCAGCUGCAGUCCUACAGAGUGGCGACAGCUUUGCUGUGCUGUGUGCUGCUGGUCCUUUUACUGAUCCGCUUCACCAGACCCACUGUCCAAGCACUGCAGAAGAGAUUGUCAGACAGGAGGCAGAAUCGCUGGGUCGGACCUACACAGAGUCACAGUGUGUCUUACCAGCGAGGGAAAACUUGUAAAAACGAUGAUGGAGAGAAUAGACUGUCCUUCCCUGCUCUGGACCGACUGACAGUGAGCGACAGCAGAGAACCUUCAUCCAACAGGAACAGUGACUACAACUACUGAACUGCAUCUUCCUCAAUCCUCCUCCUCAUCAUCAUCAUUACCAUCAUCAUCAGUAUUUAUCGCUGUGCAGGAACAUCAGCUCUGUUUGUUGAGGAGUUAGUUGCCAAGACAUUUUCUAAGAAUGUGUAAAAUUGAUCUUUCAUACAAUUCUUUUAUAUAUAUAUCUCUUCUUGUACCACCAUCAAUCUAAAGUAUGUAAACUCAAGUAAGCAGUGUUCUUCUACCUGUGAGUGUGAGAAAUGACACCAGAUCGAGGUUUUUCAUGUUGACUGAUGUUGACUUCAGAAUAUUUUGGGAAUCAGUUAAUUGCCAUCAAUAUACACUUUGCUCAUUCACAGCAGUUUAAGGGAUACUGCACCCAAAAAUGAAAAUUCACUCAUU